AUGAUAAUAAAGGUUUCGAGUUGCAAUUGCACACUGUGGAUUCCAUUAUUCUUGAUCCAUCAUCCGCACAAUGCUCUCUCGUAUUCGAUAGCGCUUCUCGAGAUCAUCUUCUCAACAAUUUGCUCGAUUCUGGUUGUGAAAACGGCGUAUGCGGUUCAUUCGAGCAGUGUUUUCCACAGAAAUUUGAAUUGCUUAUUUUUGUGGGCAUCAUUUUCAUGGGGCGAAUCGCUCAUAUUCAAGAUUGUCACGUUAUUCUAUGUGACCGGAUUGGUGUCGUCGGGUGUGCCCGAAGAUCAAAUAAGUUUCUGGUACUCCGACGACCCCUCGAUCUACCCAACGAUCAACAGCAUCUCUGACAUCGUUCCGCUUUGUAUUGCCUGUCUAUUUCGAUGGCACUACUUCUUCACGAUGACAAUGAUGUUGUUCCAGAUAUCGAUUGAAAGAAUCUGCGCAACAUAUUACAUAUUAGAUUAUGAGAAGAAGAAGCGGAGCCAUAUUUUCUAUUCGCAGCUCAUUUCCUCGAAUCUCAUAUCGUUGCCGAUGACAUAUAUUGCCUUUUAUAAUGUGCUGGAAUUUCGGAAAAUAUUCGCCGCCCUACUAUUCCCGAAUAUUAUUGCCAAUUUUUUAUUCGUCUCUAAUAUAAUAUUCAAUCAUCGAAUUAUUAAGAAAUUCAGCUAUGACUCGACGAGCUAUUCAUUGGCGAUGCGAUUUCAAGCCAAUGAGAAUCUGAAAGCGAUUACGUUGAUCCAAAGGAUCAUGAUUGCUGGAUUCGUAUUGAUCAUUUGCGGAUUGUCGAGCAUUGCGAUUCUCGUUUUCGGAUGGCUCGCCGAAUUCAAUGCCGUCAUCAUUUUUCUAUUCGAGAUCAUGGCACACUUAAAUCCAUUGAUCCUCUGCCCAUUGGUUCUGAUAUCGUUGAAGAAAUGGGUUCAUUCAUCUCAGCGUAAUCAAAAAAUUCGGAAUGAUCCCGAGAUUGACGUGUACUUCAAACAAUUGAAAAAUGCUUGGAAAUAA